AGAUAAUCGCGGCUGGAAAUCGCAGGCCGAGGACAUUCAGCCGCCUGCCACACCAGCAGCCAGCCACCACUUGCCGUGCUUCCAUUUGGGCCCUCAUUUCGCUCGAGAACCCGCCGCAAUCAUCUGUUUGGCGCGGCUCGCUCCUCUGAGAUCCAGCUGCCGCCGCCGCCGCAUAAGCAGUAGCCGUGCCGCCGCGAGCUGCCAACGCCGCCGCCGCGCCAAAGCACCAUGGCCCAGCAGCAGGUCGACAUCAGCGCCAUGUCGCUCGAACAAUUGAACACAUACAAGGGCCAGUUCGAGAACGAGAUCAAACAAUUACAUGCCAGACAUUCGGGAUUGAAGCAGGCCGAGGGCCGUUUUCGGCAAUCGAAGGACGCGCUCGCGGCCAUUUCGAAGGACGACGAGGGGCGGCGCAUGCUCGUGCCCCUCACCCAAUCGUUAUACGUGCCCGGGGAACUGGGCGACCCGGACCAGCUGCUCGUCGAGCUCGGCACGGGGUAUUACAUCGAGAAAACGCAACAAGGCGCCACAGAAUUAUUAGAUAGGAAGAUCGGGACCGUCUCGAAGAACGCCGAGGACAUCAACACCGUCGUGGCCUCGAAGCAGCAGAACUACGACGCCAUCGUCCAGAUGAUGCAGGUGAAGAUGGCGCAGAUCCAGGAGCGGCGUAGUGAAUUGCAGCGCCAGCAGGACCGGAGCGGAUAGAUUUUUAACAACACUUACAAAAA